AUGGAUAUCCAAACGACCAAACGCACGCUCAUCACCGCGAAUCACAUCCUGCACCACCAAGGCCAAGUGCUCGACGCCUACGGCCACAUCAGCGUCCGGCACCCGGCCAAUCCAUCAGUUUUCCUGAUGGCGCGCUACGUGCCCGCCGCGCUGCUCGCCUCGCCCGACGACAUUGUCGAGUACCGCGUCGAGGACGCCGAGCCUGUGGACAUGCACGCACCCAAGGGCUAUACGGAGCGGUUCAUCCACUCGGAGCUGUAUAAGCGGUUUACCGAGGUCAGGAGUGUCUGCCAUAGCCAUGCGCGGGAAGUCAUUCCUUGGGGUCUCCUGCCUGCUUCGAAGGAGGGAUGCGGGCUGAAGGCCUGUGUCAACACGAGUGGGUUCUUGGGAAAGAAAACCCCCGUCUUCGAACCCCGUCCGCACUUCCGGCCAGGGGACAUCAAAGACCUCCUGAUCCGGUCCGAGCACCUCGGCGCGGCUCUUGCAGCAUUGUUCACCAAUACGGCCACAGCUGACAGUGGCGGCCGACUAGACCGCAGCGUGGUAUUGAUGCGAGGACACGGGAUGACUGUGGCUGCGGCGUCGAUCGAGCAUUGCGUCUUUCGUUCAAUCUAUACAAGAAACAAUGCCAUUAUCCAGACCACGGCGGUCAUGUUGAGAAGCUCGUUGACGCUGGGGUCGUCUGAGGCCAGCCACGAGCACAGUCACGAUCAAGAGCAAGACCUGACAUUCCUCGAUGACGACGAGGUCGCCGACUGCACGGGGAUCAACGUCAAGACGGUCCUCAGACCGUGGACAGCAUGGAGCCGGGAGGUUCAGGCAAAUCCAUUGUAUGUGAAUCUCGCGUAG